GUAGCGUGAGCUAAACAUACAAGGGAGGGAGCUCACGUGAACCUAACCCCGGCCCAGAAUACGGGCCGACGGCGGGGUAAAAUGGUUCGUCUUGUCUUUUUCCACCCCUGUCUCCGAGUCUGGGGUUGCAUCUGGGGUUCUGGGGUUUGUCCGCGCGGCCUUUCCUCUUCCCCCAAGCCAAGACUUUGCGAGUUUCUGGGGCACAUUGACCUACUCACUUGGCAUCAACUUGGCAACAUGGAAGGGAGACCAGGGUCAUGGAUGACAUCUGGACCUUCAAACCGACUACCGCAAAGAUGAAUGGCAGUUGAGGGCUUGGUACCUGAUGCCGAGGCGCGUGUGGAGGACGCGGAGCGGGACGCAAGAGCCAAGCAAAAGCCAAGAUCAGAGACUAAAGCAGG